AGGAGGCGGAUGAGUAGGAUGGGAGUUGAGUCACAGGCUCGGGAAUUGAAGGAUGGGUCACAACUGCAGGCGAGUUUACCGUAGCAGGAAUAAACUCCUGAACAUCGUCACUAUCGUAUAGCGGAGGUGGCGGUUUUCUUCUCAAUUGCUUUCGACCCUGGGAGGUGCUUAAAUUGCUUCCCCAUUCAGACAUGACAAGCUCUAUAAGUGUGUGUUAUCAGAAAGAUGGAGGAUGGGAACGUUCGCAUAAGCCCAGUGGUUUUAGGUCUAUGUAAAGGACAGUUAUGGCCAGCAAUAGCUAUUAGCAAUGAAAUCAAUUCAAGUCCAAUCCAGCUAUUGUUUAGGAGCUACUGGGGUAUGCGGCUAUGUCACGUGAACACACCAGUUCUUGAUUUGGUCCUCCCUCUUGAUGAGGCCCUACCGCGACUGUAUAACGCGUUCCCCAACACAAGAUGGCAUACACACCAGGAAUCUCCAAGAUCAUAGCAGAUGGGUCCAGGGCUUACUCUGCCAAGGACUACGACCUAGCCAGUGAGAAAUACGCCGAAGCAUGCGAAUUGUUCAGCGAAGAGAACAGUGAAGAAGAUGCGGACUUAUUAUUGUUAUAUGGAAAGGCCCUCUUCCAGAGUGCAGUUUCCAAGUCAGAUGUGUUUGGUGGAAGCAGCGAAGCCAAGCAGGAAGAGAAGGAGGAGAAGGAAGACCAAGAGAAAGAAGAAGAGGAUGACGGAAAGUUCCAAUUCUACGAUGCCCCUCCAUUAGAGGGCGAGGAAGUUGAUAGCGACCCACAGCCUGAACUUGAGGGAGAAGAGCAAGAAGAAGAGGGAGAGGGUGAACAACAUGAAAAUGGAGAGGAGGAGCAAAGUGAUUUUGAAGUUGCCUGGGAAAUUUUGGACUUGACGAGGACUUUGUUUGAAUCUCAGGCUGACUCCAAAAAGGAUCUUCUUCAAGACAUUGAGGAACCAUACUUUAAGGAUUCAGAGGAGACCACAAACGAGUAUGUUACCUUGGUGAAAAAGCUUUCCGAAACGUACGAUUUGUUAGGAGAAGUUUCCUUGGAGGCAGGUAAUUUUGCUCAGGCAGUUGAGGAUUUUGAAAGCUGCUUGAAUCUUAGAUUGAAACUCUACGACCCUAAAAAGUCUACAUUAAUUUCCGAGUCCCACUACAAGUUGUCCUUGGCGUUAGAGUUCAGUGUGGACGAUCCAGAACUGAGGAAUAAGGCUGUUGAACAGAUGAAGUUGGCCAUCGAAUCGGUGGUCCUCAGAAACAAGACCGAAGACGACGAGUCUAAAAUCAAAGAAAACGAUGAGUUAAUUCAAGAUUUGAAACUGAGGCUCCAAGACUUGGAGAAGGACCCAGCAGAGGAAAUACAACAGGAACAAUUAGAUAUAAUAAAGGGCUUGUUGGGCGAGCCUACCUCCGAUGGCCAGAGCGGAUCUUCGAGCACCGCUGCCGCUGCCAUCAACGACUUGACUUCCAUUGUAAAGAAGAAAGUCCCUGUUAAUGAUUUAACUGGAGUAAUCAAGAAGAGAAAGACUCCUGGAAAGCCUGCAGGGCCAGUAAAAAAGGCCAAAAAGUAAGGAAUAUGAAGAUAGAUAGAUUUAGUUCGUUCAGUUGUUUCAAAUCAAUUCGUAAUAAGAAUUUUAAACCUGAGCUCUAAGGGUAAAUACUAUCGAAUGUAGUUCUGGACUAACAUUAGUUUUAUACGACUGAUCAAAUGAGUCUUCGCGCACACCCCCAUCUCUGUUCGCACAUC